AUGACUUCUCUUGUGGAAGACUCCCGAGUGCUAAUUUCAGCCAGACUGGCCCCGCAACCAUCAGCGGUCGAAAUGAAUCACCAGACUGAGGAGGCCAACCCAGGCGAGGGUCUCUCGGCUGAGUUCGCACAUUACCGUAGGAUCAUCAACGCGUUUGAUGAAUAUCGAAGAUAUUCACUCGCUACCAACAACCGAAGAAGGAAAGACUACUACAGAUUGCCAUUGAGGGACCAAGGUCUACUGGAAGAAUAUCCCCUCAAGUUAAACGAAGUCGAUGAUCGGAUCCGUCGGAAUGCUGACACUCUGGACGAAAUCGUCUUCAAAGGUGAACAGAGCGGAUUGGCUCCAAAACUUCCCUCUCAAGACGUCCUUGUUGAUCUCUCGGCUCCAACCUCAGUCGAACCUGUAGAACGAGAACCAGAGCACGAGCCUCGAGUUAGCGCAUUGGAUGCCGAGAAAGUACGCAGCACUCUUCGCCAACUAGUCAGGGACUGGAGCACCGUGGGUUCGGCUGAGCGGGAAGCGUGCUAUUCACCGAUCUUAGAUAGACUGGAUCGAUUCGCGAAUGAGCGUUUGGCUGGCGGCGGGUCCCGGAGGAGUGACAUCCGAGUCUUAGUUCCAGGCAGUGGGCUCGCUCGGCUGGUUUGGGAAAUCGCCAAUCGUGGUUUCACUGCCCAAGGAAACGAAGUUUCAUAUCAAAUGCUGCUAGCCUCGAACCUGGUCCUCAAUCAUUCUGAAGCAGUUGAUCAAUGGAGCAUCUUCCCGUUCAUCCAUUCCUUUUCAAAUCUUUCUUCGAUCGAUCACUUGCUCAAAGAAGUUAGAUUUCCCGAUGUGAUCGUCCCAGAGGUUUUGAACCGACAAGAUUUCGGGAUCUCCGUCGGUGAGUUCACUGAGAUUUUCUCGAAUCCAGAUGAACAUGAAAAAUGGGAUGCCAUAGUCACUUGUUUCUUCCUCGAUACCGCCCAAAACAUUACCCAAUACCUCAGAAUAAUCUAUGCGAUAUUGAAAUCUAAUGGCAUAUGGAUCAACCUUGGACCGACACUUUGGCACUACGAAUCAUCAUCCAAUCCCAGGGAUACCUCGAUCGAGUUGGACGUCUGCGAGAUCAAAGAGCUUUGUAAAAAGAUUGGAUUUGCAUUCGAACACGAUAGUGAGAGAGUCAUUGAGACCACCUAUGCAGGUAAUCCACAUAAUAAUUUACAACAAGUUUAUAAAGCUGAUUAUUGGAUAAGCAAGAUCUGA